AAAUGCGACGUACAUGUCUCCUAUAAAAACAAGGAGUUCAAUUGCAAAGACUCCGCCCAAGCUGCAGCUUUUCCCCCGGCCACAUAAAAACGCCACAAUGGACCCUCUCAUUGCAGAACUGGUGGACGCGGAGGCACACAAGACGCAUACACGGCCGAGCACCCCUCCAUCGGCCGAAACCCCGCCACCAAGCCGCCUCUGGGCCAUCAGUGACAUCCACCUCUCCUUCAAGGGCAACCGCGAUGCCCUCGAGAAGCUCCUUCCGCAUCCGCACGACGAUCUGAUUCUCUGCGGAGAUGUAGGCGAGAGCGCCGAACAUUGUCGCAUUGCCUUUACAAAGGUCAAAGAGUGCUUCAGAGACGUGUUUUGGGUGCCGGGCAACCAUGAGCUAUAUACUCUGCCGUCGGAGAAAGAGCAUGGCGCAAGAGGCGAGGCCAAAUACAUGGAGUGCGUUGCGAUAGCGCGGGAAUUCGGCAUCCUCACGCCUGAAGACGACUUUACCGUUUGGGAAGGUGAAGGAGGCCCAUGUCUGAUUGCGCCCAUCUUCACGCUGUAUGACUACAGCUUCCGGCCCGAUGACGUGAAGCUUGAAGAUGCGCUUGCGUGGGCGAGGGAAAAGGAUAUAGAAGCGACCGACGAGCAUCUGCUGCACCCCGACCCUUACCCGUCGCGUAUCGAAUGGUGCCAUGCGCUUGUGGAGAAGACGGAGAAGAAGCUCGCAGAAGCAGUCGCAGCGCAUCCAGACAUGCCGCUGAUCAUAAUCGCGCAUUGGCCGCUACGAGAGGAUCUCGUGACUUUGACAAACAUCCCACGCUUCUCGCUAUGGUGCGGCACAAAGAAGACGGCAGAUUGGCAUAACAAGUUCAACGCAAAGGUUGUUGUUACCGGUCACCUGCAUAUUAGGAGGACAGAUUGGAUAGACAAUACCCGCUUCGAAGAGGUGAGUCUGGGAUACCCGAGGCAGUGGAACCACUGUCUGGAGAAGGGUCUCGACAUCAAUGACUUGCUUCGUGAGAUACUGCCGGGUGCGGAGAUACCGCCCGCAGGUCAGCGGAGCACCGUGUGGAGGAUGUACGGAUGA